GUGAGUCUGCGGAUCUUGAGCUGUGAUGGAGCCUGGUAAAGGCCAGCAGGCCAGCGAUGGGUCGGGGAACCGGGAGCAGGACACGGCUGGAGAGCGGGACAGUGAUCUGGAAAUAGAAGACACAACCAAUAACCAACCGACACGCACCAUCUCCACCUCAUCCUUCCUCUCCUACAUGAAUGAAGCUGGUCUUAACCUGAACCACUGCGGUUUGGGACCGACAGGGGCCAAAGCUCUGGCCAGUGUUCUGCAAAGUUACAGUGACAUCAUCAACCUUGAACUUGAGGACAAUUCACUUCGAGCGGAGGGGGUUCGCUACCUGAUGAAGAUGCUUCACACAAAUGUCCCUUUACAGAUUCUAAACCUCUCCAACAACCAGCUUCACCUUGAAGGGGCCCAGCUCAUCUCCAAAAUGCUACUGAACAAUAAUAACAUCAAAUCUAUCAAACUCUCAGCAAAUGGUUUUGAUGAUCGCGCUGCUAAACACAUUGCUGGCGCUUUAGAGGGCGACUUCCUGCUCAAAGAGCUGGACCUCAGUCACAACAGGCUCUGUGAAGGGGAACACCUUGGUUGUAUGUUAGCCAAAAACCUCGGACUGGAAGUCUUGAAUCUGAGCUGGAAUCACAUUCGCACGUGUGGAGCGUUGGCCCUGAGUGACGGGCUGAAGGCAAACGCCACCUUGAAGCGGCUCCACCUGUCGUGGAACGGUUUCGGCCGCCGAGAGGCAGAGUCGCUGGGCGACGCGCUGAAACUGAACCGCACGCUGGUUCUGCUGGACCUCAGCAGCAACCGCCUGGACGAUGGGGCUGUGGCGCUGCUCUGUCGGGGCCUGGCCGCCAAUGAAGGCCUCAGGAUCCUGAAGCUGUCUCACAACCCAAUGAGUGACGCUGGAGCUCUGACGCUGCUAAGAACCAUUCAGAGCAACGCGCGAUCAGCAAUGGAGGAGGUCGACAUUUCAACAGUGUUUGUGCGCGAGACCUUCAUAGAGAUGCUUGAAGGAGCCCGUCGGACGAAUCCUGCGCUGACGGCCCGCUACAGCGUCAUGAGAUAUGUGCUCAGGAAUGUUUCUGCUCUCCACAGCUUUCAGGAAUCCCUCAAGGAGCGACGUGAGACCAUCUUGGAUUUCUUCCAGGCUUUGGAUGAAGAAGGAACCAUGUCGGUUUCGACCUCAGCCUUCAGGAAGGCCGUUAAGGCAGCCAACAUAGCUGUGGAUCAGCGACAGCUGGACUGGCUGAUUAGGAGCCUGGACAAGGACUGCACAGCCACCAUAAACUACAGCCACUAUGCUGUCACAGACACCGCCACGCAGAUGACAUCACUGCCAAGACGAUCCAUGACUGAAUAAAAGCUGAAAUCAGU